GCUCGAUUUGUGACAAUCAGUCGUGGUCGCUGGCCGUAGCAGUGCUUGAAAAACGAUUGCUUUCUAGACGGUCUUGCGUUUUCCGAUGCGUUGCGUCUAGAUGAACAGAGACGCUCCGUGACAGCGAUCGCGCCGACGGGAACUCGUCCCUCGAUUCGGUCGGAGCUAACUACCGAGAUCUCGUUCUCAGUCAGCAUAAGAGAGCGCUCGUCCGUCAACACGAGUUUGUCGCGGAAACGAGACCUUUUGCUUCCUCGGCCGGCCGUUGGUGUAUCUCGAUAGCAAGCAUUCGGGUGCAGUGCGGAACGACUUCUCCCGGAACAGCUGGCAGACUGGCCGCCGGUGCUUGUUCGCUUGCCUGGAUGGCUCGUCGGUGACUGGCUGAGAAACUCCAACAUGCGAGGGCAGCAACUAAAGAGAAGACUCUCCGAAUAUGAGCCUCUGGAGCCCAUAGCAGAAGCAUCCUUUGAGAUGAUGGUACAAAAACGGCUCAAGUCUAUCCGACGCUACAGAAAACAUCUGAAAUGGACAAUUGGCUUGGUGAUCCCGAUGGCUCUUAGCCCUCUGAUGUUCUCAGACUCGAAGGAAGCACGGUGUGCGUACGCAAUCCUUCUAAUGGCUCUGUAUUGGAUGUUGGAAAUUCUUCCUCUGCCGGUGACGUCACUGAUACCCGUGUGUCUCUUUCCGUUGCUCGGGGUCAUUUCCACUUCACAGGCUUCGAUGCCCUACAUGAAGGACACUAUCAUGCUGUAUCUCGCGGGUAUGAUCAUGGCCGCCGCGGUGGAGAAAUGUAAUCUACACGACCGGAUCGCGCUAAGGAUACUGAUGAUCGUCGGCGCCAAGAUGCAUUGGCUGCUGUUGGGCUUCAUGGUCACGUCCAUGUUCAUCUCGAUGUGGGUGUCUAAUAUGGCUACAACCCUGAUGCUGUUGCCGAUUGUGGACUCAGUCGUCGAGGAGAUCAGUCAGAAAACAGACGACAAUGAAUACGGUAUGUGGGAAAAAAACCGUCGCCAACUGCAUCACGGAAUGCUUCUAGGAGUUGCGUACGCGGCCAACCUCGGGGGCACGGGCUCCUUGAUCGGCUCGGCACCGAACCUCAUUCUGUACGGAAUCAUGGAAGAGAAUUUCCCGCAAGCCAAAGUGCUCACUUUCGCUACCUAUAUGCUGUACAAUGUUCCAGUGAUGAUUUUCUGCGUUCUCUUGGCCUGGGUGUAUUUGUACAUUGUUUGCAUACCUAAGAGGUAAACGAUGGAUGAAGAAAACGAGUUAUCCAUUCGCCAAACGAUUCACCAGAGACACCGUGACCUGGGCGCCAUGAGCUUCCACGAAGCCGCCGUCCUGACACUGUUCACAAUUCUCAUUGCUCUCUGGUUCUUCCGAGAGCCCCGCUUCAUGCCCGGGUGGUCCGAUCUUUUUCCUCAUGCAAGUCUCAUCAAAGACGCCACACCGGCGAUCGGUAUCGUCGUUCUCAUGUUCUUCAUACCGGCGGAGCCGAUCAAUAAUUUCGGGGGUCCGACCUUGAUUGAAUGGAAGUACGCCCAGACUUAUGUGCCGUGGGGAGUUCUGAUUCUCAUGGGCGGAAGUUUCUCCAUUGCCUUGGCCACCGACAAAUCCGGCCUCUCUCGAUUAAUCGGCGAAAGUAUAGCCCAGCUGAGUGGCGUCCAUCCUUUUCUGCUGGUUGUGAUAUUAACCAUUGGGACUGCUUUCAUCACGGAACUCUGCUCCAAUACCGCGACGGCCAGCGUUCUACUACCGGUGGCAUCGUAUCUGGCUACUGCGCUCCGGAUCCAUCCGUUGAAGUUGAUGAUGCCCAUAACAGUUGCGUCGUCAUUUGCAUUCAUGCUGCCUGUGGCUACACCGCCCAACGCUAUGGUCCACGAGCAUUCCGACAUGCCCAUUACUUACAUGUUCCGACGUGGCCUCACCAUGAACUUCGUCUGUGUGUUCGUGGAAAUCGCUGCCAUUUACACUCUGGGUGAUUGGAUUUUCGACCUGAGCACUUUUCCGUCCUGGGCUGAGGGCGAUUCUCCGUGAUCAGGGACUCGCAGCAAGCUGUAUCUCACCAGAGUUAUCAGCAGAACCGACGCGGGGCACAGAAAACGUCUGGAUACAUCGUCAAGGACGUAUUUAGAAUAAAUGUUUCGCGACUGCGCGAUG